GUAAUCCCAGUUGAACAACCUGCCCCUAACUCAUCCGGAACCAUUACUGUUCAAGAAAGCCACUUGGUUGAAUUACUAAGGCUCAUAGGGGAACCCUCUCAACCACCUCCCGCUACAACACAACCCAGCCAAGAUUGGUUAUCACAACUCACCAGUAUACUCAAACCAACUCCACCUCCACCUCCACCUCCACCUCAUCCACCAAUCUCUCAGGGUGCUGUGGAGUCUUUAAUGUCUUUAAUGGUGGAACAACUUAAAAGCAACAACCUUGUCCAGAACCAACACCACCACCAAACCCUGCAAGGGAAUUGUGAAAAUGUUAAAAAAUAUCCAUUCCCAGAUGGCCAAAAAGUUCCUCCAGUUGUAGGGACUUAUGACGGCACUAGGGAUCCAGAAGACCAUUUGGCAUUAUAUGACCAAGCGAUACUCACAGAAAAAUGGGUAGACCCGGUGGCUUGUCACUUAUUCCCUGGAACAUUGCAAGGGCAUGCUAGAGACUGGUUUACUGGCCUACCUGAAAGAAGUAUAAAUGAUUUUCAAGAUUUGAAAGAAAAAUUUGUUGCUCAUUUCUUUCAACAAAAGAAACAUCAACGUAAUCACUUAGAAGCCCAUUUAAUAAGACAAAGGGAGAAUGAGCCACUUAGAGAAUUCAUCUUAAGAUUCACUCAAGAAUGCCAAAGGAUACCCGGUCUACCAGAGAGUCAACAAAUCUCUGGCUUUACUCUUGCUUUGCAUCCGGGAGGUCUCCAAGAAAAGUUGACUACAAAAGUCCCCAAGACUUUUAAAGAAGCCAUCGAUAGAGCCUAUGAUUAUCUCCGUUCCAGAGAAACCUCCACGUUAGUAAGGGGGAUGAUUAGAAAAGAUAAGUCAUGGGCAGGACCCUCUGGAGGAAAAAGGCCUCGUUUUGAUAUUAGACGAGAUGGUCGUAGGGAGGAUUACAGAAGAGAUAUAAGAAGAGAUGACCGUCCAGAUGACAGAAGAGACAAGAGGCCCAUGCAAUAUGGCAAAAGUGUCCAUCUUGUGGACUUAACAAAGUCUCCAAAAGAGAUUUUGAAAACUGAGAGGGUGGGCUCAACUUUCAAGCCCCCUCCUCCUCUCAGAUCUGCAAAGAAAAAUAUGAAUAAGUAUUGUGACUUUCACGAGGACCAUGGUCAUGAUACUAAUGAUUGCAGAGAGCUCCAAACAGAAAUCAAAAGGGCCUUAGAAGAAGGGAAGUUAGAGCACCUCGUCCCUGGAGCCAAACAGGGAAGAAAAACUCCUACAAAAAAGACCUUCUCAUGGCAGAAGAUACCGGUUAAAAAAGAAAACAAUGAGGAUCCGGGUCCAGCAGAAGGACAUGUUUGUAUGGUACACCAAAGGAGGGAUCCAGGAAAGCGUAAAGCAAAUGCAUUAGAAGGUUGGGCAGUGGUGCCAAUCUCCUUCCCACCUGUUGAAACGGUAUCCUCAGACCCUGUCAUCAUACAAGCUCGCCUCGCAAAUUUCCAGGUUGGAAAAAUAUAUUUAGAUAAUGGGAGCUCUACAGAUAUUAUCUAUGAACAUUGCUUUAACAAACUCCCCCAAAGAGUUAGAGACCUUAAGCGCCCGCCUUUGGCGCCCCUAGUGGGUUUCAAUGGUGAAUCUAGUUGGCCCAUUGGAGAAGUAAGUAUGGAGGUAAUGAUGGGUGAGUACCCACUCCAUAGAAUUGAAGUUGUGGACUUCACAAUUGUUAGGGCACCUUCACCAUACAAUGUGUUGCUUGGCAGACCAUCCAUGCAGAAAUUCGGAGCUGUACCAUCAACCAUCCAUGGGAUGGUUAAGUUCCCCACCCCAGUUGGGGUAGCCACCAUAAGGGACGCAUGGUAUGGCCAAGGGAGUGCAAGCAGGUCAAUAAGGAGAGUCCAAAAGAAGUAA